AUGUCUUCAUAUGUGGAUAUGAGUUUAGAAGAUAUAAUUAAAAAGAAGAGACAAAAUACGAGGGUAAACAAAGCUAAAGUAAAAGGACAACCUCCACCCAAAAAGUUGCCUAUUACUGACGCUAGAAAUAAAAUCAUUUCAAAAAAACGUACACAAAUAACAGAUGCUAGAGAGAAGUUAGCACAACUUGCUAAACAGAAAGAUGCCAGAUUAAAAUUAGAAAAGUUACGUCUCGAAAGGGCAAGAAUCACUGGUCCUGGUCCUGUAAGGAAUACUUUUCCAAACAGAACUAAAUUUAUGAGGACAAACCCACCACCUAAAGAAAGAGUAUUUACAGAUUCUUCAAGGCAGGUGGUUUCACAACCAUUUGGUGUAACUAAAAUGGGUGUCAAGCGUCAAAUUAAUUCAGGAAGAAUCACUGAUCGCCGCCCGGUAGAGAAGUCGAGAUUUUUUGAACAAAUUCAACAUAAACCAAAACCAAUACUUCGUACUGUUGAAAAUGAUUUGGAAAUAAUUGAUGAUCCUAUGGGAGAUGAAUAUAUACCCAAAGCAACUUCAUUAAACCGCAAAGCAAGCUUGCAGCUCAAAAUUAUUGCUCAUAAUAAUGACAUUCGUGACAGCAGGGUUGCUACUGUUCAUAGAAACACUAUUGUAGAAAAGGAGAAAAGUCCACCAAGGCCACCGUCUAUUUUGAAAAAGCGCCCUAUGGCAGCUAUGCGAAGUGACAAGAUUCAAAAACCAGAAAAGCCACAUUUGGAGUAUAGAAUUAUUGUGAGCAAUUUACGAAACACAGUUACAGGUGGAGAUAUUGAGGAAUUGUUUGGAGAUGUUGGUGGCAUGGUGGAGUCAAGACUGGUGCGACCUGGAACAGCUGAAGUGAUCUACAAAACUCAAGAAGAUGCGCAGAAAGCAGUUGAUUUGUACCACAAUAGACAGUUAGAUGGACAGCCAAUGAAUUGUCUACUUGUCACACCAAGAUCACCAUCCACAGCACCCAGGACCAGUAACAAGCCUGAACUAUAUAGCACAAAUUCAAAUGUUGAGCCUGACAUUUCUACUUUCCACAAAGUAUUAUUCAGCAAUUUGUAA